CACUGACUGACAAAACACAUCACACUACCCUUUAUCGCUCACCAUUCCCAUCGAUUCUACAGCCAUAUCCCUCAAGCACCGUUCACCAUUGAAUCGAGGCAUUUCAUGGACAGCACCCAACAACCGCACCAGCCGUCAACAGGCCCAAUCCAUCGAGCCCAAAUCACCGAGCGUCUGAGCCUCGUCCGCAACCAACUCAACCACACCCAGCAACCGCCCUCCUCCUCUUCCUCCUUCCAGUCCACAACAACAACAACACACCUAACCCCCGAAUCCAAUCCCCUUAGUUCGAAAAUGUCCCGUGACCCAAUCACCUGCCACGUCCUCAACACCCUCACCGGCACGCCCGCCGCCAACCUUCCCGUGACCCUGACGCUCCUGUCCAGUCCCACAGGCGCAGCACAAGAACCCCCCACGUUCCGCGCGACCACCAACGCCGACGGCCGCGUCGCGAUCUGGGAGCCUCUGACUACCAGCUCGUCGCAAGCACAAUCCGUCCCGGCGAUCCUGGCUGCCCUCCCCGCGUCCGACAGCAAGACCAACUGGGCGGUGCGGUUCGAGGUGGGCCCCUGGUACGAGGCCCAGGGGGUGGAAAGCUUCUGGCCCGAGGUCGAGGUCAAGUUCACGGUCAAGGGGCGGGGCAAGGACGGCGAGGAAGGGUGGCGGCAUUACCAUGUGCCCGUGCUGUUGGGGCCGUGGAAUUACUCGACUUAUCGGGGGUCUUGAGGGGUGUAUGUAACUGGAUUUGAAGAGAUAAUGUGGAGGCUAGCCUUGGACUCAAAUGAUGGUCUUGUCUUGCCAUUGUGUCCGUCGGAUAUGGGGUUGAUUUUGGGUGCUGUGAGAUAAUAUGAGAAUCUUGCCGUUAGAAGUCGUAUUGCCAAUGUGGCUGGCAGCAUAGAGUUACCAUGUCUAUGAUAGCAUACUGCCUUCCAGUAAAUGUACAAAUGCUUCUUCGUCGCAAGUGGAUCUG